AGUGUUUCAGUUUCUGCUGAUCUGAAGCUGCUGAACCAAGUGAGGACAAACACUUUCUCUCCUCCUCCCUCCUGUGGAGAGGAGGAGGAGAGGAGGAGAGGAGGAGGAGAGGAGGAAGAGGAGGAGGAGGAGGGCUCACAGAUCUGACGCAGUGAGCGGCUGCUGCCUCACUUCCACUCCCCGCUGCCAGGAAGACACACGGCGGCUCGGUAAGCGGCAGAAACACGGAGAUACUCCCGGGAGAGAGAGCCAGACGACGGUGUGUCGUGGCGAUGAGGUCGCGGGAGGAGCUGAGAGUGCAGCCCCGGCAGCGGAGCUCGGUUCGGGGGUUAGAGCCGGAGCUGUGAGCCGGUUCUGUUCUCAUUGUGUCGGAGUGGCGCAGGAGAAAAGGAUGCCUCCGCGGCCGCACGCGCUCCUCCUGCUCCCACCGACACGCGCGAUCGUUUCCCGACACAAACCGAGUUUCCUCCGCGGCCCGACGGAGGCUCUGCUGAUCACUACCGAGACUCACCGUCCACCAUGCUGCCCGCUCCGUCUCCAUGAAAACUCUCAAUGAAAACAAGGAGGAGGAGGAGGAGGAGGGGUCCGGCUGCACCGCCAUGGAGGACAAGGAGAACAAUCUGCGGACGGCCAGGCUGUGGAGGGAUGCCGCCCUGCGCUCCAGGAAGCUGCGGAGCAACCUGCGCCAGCUCACCCUCUGCUCCAAAGACAACCAGAUCAUCCUGCCCGAGGACAUAGCCGAGAUAGAGGUGCUCAAUCUGGGCAACAACUCCCUCCAGGAGCUGCCAGACGGGCUGGGAUCCACCCUCAACAACCUGCGCAUCCUGGUCCUCCGCAGGAACAAGUUCACAGCCGUCCCCCGGGUGGUGUUCGAGCUGGGGCAGCUGGUGGAGCUCGACAUGAGCCACAACUGUCUGAGGAGUCUCUCUGAGGCUGUGGGUCAGCUGAGGGGGCUGAAGAAGCUUUGCAUCAGUCACAACAAGAUCCAGAAUCUGCCGGCUCAGAUCGGAACGCUCCAGUUUUUGGAGGAACUCGACAUCAGCUUCAAUGACCUGCACGAUUUCCCCAUAUCCGUCUCCAGCCUCACCAAGCUGCGAACUCUGGACGCAGAUCACAACAAGCUGAACCAGUUCCCCCCUGAGAUCCUGGACCUCAGCGAGCUGGAGGAACUGGACUGCUCCGGGAACAAAUUCGAGACGUUACCAGCAGACAUCAUGAAGCUACAGUUUGUCAAAAUCCUGUGGCUCAGCAGUCUUCACAUGUCUUCGUUACCAGACUCGUUCUGUCACCUGAGCCACCUGGAGAGCCUGAUGCUGGACGGGAACAACCUCACAGGGCUGCCUGCUGCUUUCAGUCGUCUACAAAGACUCAAAAUGAUCAACUUGUCCUCAAAUGAGUUUGAGAGCUUCCCGGAGGUUAUUUUGAGCAUCACAGGACUCGAGGAACUUUACCUGAGCAGGAAUAAACUGAUUCACGUCCCAGAGGACAUUGGGCAGCUGGGGAAGCUGGCCAACCUUUGGCUGGACAACAACUUCAUCACAUAUCUGCCCGACUCCAUCGUGGAGCUGGAGAAGUUGGAGGAACUCGUUUUACAGGGUAACCAAAUAGCCAUACUUCCAGAUAAUUUUGGAAAGCUGUCCAAAGUGAACAUUUGGAAGGUGAAGGAUAACCCUCUGAUCCAGCCUCCGUAUGAGGUGUGUAUGAAGGGCAUCCCUUACAUCGCAGCCUAUCAGAAGGAGCUCGCACACUCGCAGCUCGCUGUGAAGCCGCGGCUCAAACUGGUUCUGAUGGGGGCAAAGAACGCUGGGAAGACCCGGCUGAGGCAGAGCGUGGUGAGCACUCAGAGGGAUGUCGAAGAAAACCAGGGAAACAAAGGUAUCGAAGUCACUAACUGGGUGGCGGAUGCUGAUCGCUGUCUUACAUUUCUGGUGUAUGAUCUGUCAGGGAAGCAAAACUACGACCUCAUCAAACCCUUUUUUCUCUCCCCCGGUGCUCUCUACGUCCUCGUUGUAAAUCUCAAAACAUACUCGUCCAGGAACUUUUAUGCCCACGUCGGGUAUUUCCUCCACCUCCUCAGUGCCAAAGUACCCCAUGCUGUUGUGUGCUUGGUGGGCACGCAUGCAGACCUUUGUGGAGAGGUGGAGGUGGAGGAGAAGAUGCUGGACAUUCACAGACAGAUUGGCCUGCAGGAGAAGAGGGACAUCCAGAGCCUGAGGAGUCUGGCUCUGCAGGUGGAUCAGGCGCUGGAGCAGGGCUACAGUGUCCGCUCGUCCAGCCCUCAUGUCCUCUUCUAUGGGGUCUCUGACAGGAACCUGAGGCGGAGGAAAUCCCAGCUGCAGUACAUGCUGAACCACCGGCUGCAGAUCCUGUCGCCGGUGCUGAGCGUCAGCUGCACCGAGACCCAGAAGAACAUCCAGCGCCUGAGGGAGAAACUCAUGUCCGUCGCAGACCACAGGGACAUCUUCCCCAACCUCCACCGAGUGCUGCCAAAGUCCUGGCAGAUGCUGGAGGAGCUGCACUUUAAGCCCAAAGACCUGUGGCUGUCGUGGUGGGACUCGGCCCGUCUGGGCCUCCAGGCGGGGCUCACUGAGGACCGGCUGCAGAGCGCCUUAUCCUACCUGCACGAGAGUGGGAAGCUGCUGUACUUUGAGGACAGCCUCACUCUGAAGGAGUAUGUUUUUCACAAUCUUCCACGAUUCAUUGCAAUUCUUAACGUCUUCUUCCAAAGGGACGAGUCCACGCUGCUGGACCGGCUCCUCUCUGAGGGGGAGAGAGGGGACAAGGGGAGGGUGAGUCUGGUUAUAGAGGACGAGAAAGGCGAGAACCUCAGGGUGACCCACCUGCAGCAGCAUGUGGAGGGCUUUCUCCAGCAAGGCCUUCUGCCAUCCAACGUCAUCCGCCUGCUGCUCCGACCGCUCAUCCAGACCCAGCAGGACCUCCACCUCAUCAUGGAGCUUCUGGAGAAGAUGGGCAUCUGCUACUGCAUCAACAAGCCCCGCAGCAAGCCUCUGAACGGAGCCACAGCCUGGUACAAGUUUCCCAGCUACGUCAGCAACGAGGAGCCGCAGGCGGAGGCGGAGGCCGGCGGCAGCUCCCUGCCUCUGUGCCCGUUCUUCUCCAUGGAGCAGCUGCACAUCCAGUACAGCUUCCCCUUCCUGUUUCCUCCCGGACUGUUUGCUCGCUUCAGCGUGCAGAUUAACAGCCACGUGGUUCAGAGGUCGGAUGGCAGGCAUCAGAUAUUCGCCUACCGAGGUAAAGUCCCCGUGGUGAUCAGCCACCAGCCCUCGAAGGGGAAGCUGCAGGCAGAGACUCUGUCCAUCGCCAGCCACGCCUCGCUGCCCAACAUCUGGACGGCGUGGCAGGCGGUCACGCCGCUGGUGGAGGAGCUGAACGUGCUGCUGCAGGAGUGGCCCGGCCUGCACUACUCUGUUCAUAUUCUGUGUUCCAAGUGCCUCAAGAGAGGGUCGUCCAACCCACACGCCUUCCCAGGUGAGCUGCUGAGCCAGCCGCGGCCUGAAGGUCUGACUGAGAUCAUCUGUCCAAAGAAUGGUUCGGAGCGGGUCAACGUGGCUCUGGUUUACCCCCCCACACCCACCGUGGUCAGCCCCUGUCUCAAGUGAUCUGGAUCCACCUCCACCUGCACCUCCACCCCUGACCGUCUCCUCCACACCUCCCCUGUCAGCCUGCUACGUCUCCUCCUACAUCACACUGAAGCCGCAGCUGAUGGCAGCACUCUGGAUCACUGCCUCACAGUCGUCCAGCUGUGUUCCUGCGCUCUCAUCACAUCCAGCAGUAUUUAAGUAGCCUGAUGAGCACAAACUUCAGCCGAGACGACCCAACAUGCUUCACAGUUUCUCAGUAUUUGGACCAGAACCACCUGCCUCUACUUUUGAAAUCGAUGUAGCUGAGAUCAUGAAAAACUCUCAACCCUGACACUAAAGUAUGAGCUUUUUGUAAGAGACGGUCUCAGCCGUGAGAUCAGGACUGAAAUCUUCUGCAAUAUCUUUAAAAGUGACGAGCUGGACUGAGUCGGACCGAGCCGAACCACCAGAAGAGGAACUGCAGCUAUUUCUAUGUGUACAUAUUUCUCUGUGCCUACACCUGAAGGCAAACUGAAACGUAGAGGGGCUGUCGCUGUCUGUCUGUCUGUCUGUCGCUCCGGCUCCUGAGUCCACUGACACAGUAAAUAUGAAGCUACAGUCAGCAGCUGGUUAGCUUAGCCUAGCUUAGAUUAGCUUAGCUUAGCAUAGAGACAUCCUAACCCUGGUCGGCUGUGAGAAUUGGAUCAGAUCUGCUGACAUGGUUCUUAAUGUUCUUGAUCGUAUCACUGCAGGAACCAUCAGUGUUGAAUCAUCAUCUGAAUCUCGUCUUACGGAGCUUUUCAUCGACGUCCAGCUCGUUGUUUAUCCGUCCAGACACAAUGUCACUGUUCUGGUUCUGGUUCAGCUCUCACAGCAUCGUCUUCAGAGGAAAGUGUGUGGACACGACAACAGACAUCUGCAUUCAAACCCCUGAAUGUUCAUGUGUCGCUAUGCUAAGCUAAGUGAGAUGCUAACUUGUCUGGUGAACAGAGGAUUUGGACCGAUGUAGAGAUUUAACUCUAAGAGUUGUCUCGUCAUUGUCUGUAAAAUACAAAUCACGUGUAUCAGUGAAUAUAAAGCUGCACAAAAGUCAUGACAUAAAGAAAUGCUAAUAAACACAGUGAACAGCACCGACAGACAGAGGGACGCAUGUUGAGACCAGAACCAACAUCAGAAGGGGGAUUCAAGUCAUGAGUUCAGUUUGACAAUAAAAAGUGAACAUGUGGCAGAAAGAAGGAACAUGUCUGUUGGUGAAUAAAAUAUAUUGCAAGUAGUCAGAUGAAGUUUACCAUCUGGAUUAUAGAAACCAUCAGCUGUAAAGCCCAGAGAGAGUCAGACUCCAGGUCCAGGAGAUGAGAGGUCAGAUUGUUUCUACACUUGUUUCAAAGGUACCAGACAUUUCAACAGGCUGUUUCAUGUUAGAUUGUUCUGUAAGGUAAAAGCCGGGCCCUUCUCCAGGUUCUGUUGUGCAGGUUCUGUUCCUGUGGGAACACUGUUACUUGUGUGAGUGAGGUGCAGAGCGACACAGCGACAGCUCCACUCAGAGGAGAUGAAUCCUCUCUUCCUGUACAGUUUGGUUCAGCAUGACAUGAACUGAUGUAAAGUUACCGGACGAUCUUUUCUGCCACGGAUGUGAGAGCUGAGCAGGACUGUCCAGAUGUUUGUCCUGGAGCAGCACCACACACUGACCUGUACGAACAUCACACACCAGGUGUGUCCGUCUGUUCACUUCACCUGCUCUCUCUUUCAUUUCUCAUGUUUUUCACUGUUUGAGGAACAAACUUGUUUUUGUCUGAUUGUUGUAAAUAAUAUCUUUAUUUUUGUAUGUUGAACACUUUUUGAGCUUUGACAUUAUUUACAGUGCAAUGUUGUGCAUGACUCACUGAGAGUGCACACAGGUUUUAUAUGUAGCUGUUUCAACAUGUCACAACAUGAAAUACCAAAUAAACCAACAACUGGCUUUAGUACCAAUCA